UAUGAAAUGGCGCCACUCGUUAAUGGAAGUCGAUAGAAAUAAACAGUUCGAGUUGUACUGACGAAUUGACACGUGCUUUUUAAUUUGUAAAGCACAUUUUUGUUCAUUAUGGCAUCGAACGAAAUGGAAGUGGAUGAUGAGAAUGAAACUAAACCAAAAAAUUUUCAUGAAUUAGAACUAGACGACAGAAUUUUAAAGGCUAUCUCGAAAUUAGGUUGGGUGGAACCUACGUUGAUACAAGAGAAAGCUAUACCAUUAAUGAUGGAAGGAAAAGAUAUCUUAAUCCGAGCUCGCACAGGGUCUGGGAAAACAGCUGCAUUUACUAUACCACUUAUACAAAAAAUUUUAUCGAAUAAACGAAUGCAAACGAAACAAGAAAUUAAAGGGCUUAUCGUAGCUCCGAGUAAGGAGUUAUGUAAACAAAUACAUGAUGUCAUAAUUUGCUUAACAGUAAAAUGUAGCAGAGAAGUAAAAGCUAUUGAUGUCAGUCCACAAUUAGAUCUUAGUGCACAGAAACCAUUAUUAGCAGAAAAACCUGAUAUUGUUGUUGGUACUCCAAGUAGACUAUUACAACAUUUAAAAGCAAAUAAUAUGAAAUUGAAACAAUCUCUUGAAACAUUAAUAAUUGAUGAAGCUGACUUGGUAUUUUCAUUUGGGUAUGAGGAUGAAAUAAAAAGUUUAUUGAAUUAUUUACCUAUAGUAUACCAAGCAGCUUUAGCCUCUGCAACAUUAUCAGAGGAUGUGGUAACGCUUAAAAAGUUGGUACUUCGUAAUCCAGCAAUCUUAAAAUUAGAAGAACCACCACUAGCUCCGUUAUCGCAAUUAUCACAUUAUAGUCUUGCAGCAGAAGAAAAUGACAAAGCUGCUAUUUUAUAUGCUUUAUUAAAGUUACAUUUAGUUCGAGGAAAAACUAUAAUAUUUGUAAAUACAGUAGAUAGAUGUUAUAAACUAAAGUUGUUUCUAGAACAAUUUGGUAUACCAACUUGUGUUUUAAACUCUGAGUUGCCAGCGGUUUCAAGAUGUAGAGCAGUCACUCAAUUUAAUUCUGGAACAUAUGACAUUAUAAUAGCAUCAGAUGAAAAAUCUUUAGAAGAACCUCAUAUAAUGAAAGUUAAAAGAGGAAGACGAAAGAAAGACAAAGAAUCCGGUGUUGCGCGUGGUAUUGAUUUUCAGUUCGUGUCCAAUGUAAUUAAUUUCGAUUUUCCUCAAGACGUAAAUUCUUACAUUCAUAGAGCCGGACGUACGGCUCGAGGUAAAAACCAAGGAACGGCAUUAAGUUUUGUAUCGAUAAGAGAAAGACCGCUUCUUGAACAAGUUGAAAGCGAAUUAAAACAUUGUUAUAAUCGUGAUACAUUAUUUAAGACGUAUCAAUUCAAGCUAGAAGAGGUCGAAGGUUUUCGAUAUCGAGCAAAAGAUGCCUGGAAAGCAGUAACGAGAAUUGCUGUUCGGGAAGCUCGUCUAAAGGAGAUAAAACAAGAGGUACUUAAUUGUCAAAAAUUAAAAAGCUAUUUUGAAGAUAAUCCGAAAGAUCUACAAUCAUUGAGACAAGACAAAGCAUUGCAUACUGUAAAAUUACAAUCACAUCUGAAGGAUGUACCAGAGUAUAUAGUUCCACCAACUUUGAAAAGGCUUGUUGGUAUUAACAGAAAGAGAAAGUUCAAUAGAGAAGCUGCAGCAUCUAAACCUACUGCUACACAAUUAAAGUAUCAAGCACGUGCAUCAAAUCCUUUAGUUAGUUUACAAAUAAAAAAUAUGAAAUAAAAGUUUUAUACUGAUAAUAAUA